AUGUGUCGCGAGCCUGAUGCCGAGGGGCGGGUGCCGCUGCUCGCGGCGGAUGACGGGCAGAGUGACCAGCGGUGCCUGUUAGAAGAAAUGGCGGCGGAGGCGAUGCGGAGUCUGGAGAAUUGCGAGGCGGAGCUGAAUACGCGGCAGCAUCACCGGCGGCAGCGGCUGAAUGAUUUGUGGGGGCCGGAGCCACCGUACAAGUUGCAGCCCGAGGACGGCGCCAGCUGGCUCUGUGGGCAGAUGUACUACACCUGGAUAGGGGACCUCAUGUUCCGCGCCGCACGGGAGGAGCUGACUGAGGCGGACAUGCCCCGGCCGACGCUGAUGUCGCGUGCGUACAACGCCGGCCUGCUCCUGUCGCGGAAGCUGCAGCAGCAGCAUCUCGGGCGCCACGUGUGGGACGCGUACAUUGGGGCCACGGUGCACCACCGCCGGGACCGCAGCAGCGCCGGGGAGCUUCGCUGGGUGGGGUACGCGCAGCAGAAGCGGACGCCGCGGCAGCUGUACGCCGGUGUGGAGUGGCGGGUGCCGCCGGCGCAUCGCCUGAAGGAGGAGGCGAAGGAUGCCGCACGCACGCCCUUCACGAACGGGGUUGUGGAGGGAGAGCACCUGUUUCACACCGCCGCCGGGGACGCCACCGCCACCUGCGAGCGCGUGGAGGACAUUGUCAUCACCUGCCCGCUGCCGAAGGAAAGACAGCGGCAGGGCGGUAUGCCGGCCACCACGCAGCAGCGACCGAAGCCCAUGUCCGUCGCAAGUGCCCUCUUCAGUGCGCUGGGCUACCAAGUUUACCUGCUCAUUCCCUUUCGUCUACUGCGUGACGCCUGCCAGCUCACCGUGCCGGUGGUGCUUCAGCGCUACAUUCAGUACCUUGAGCUGCCGCAGCCGAGCUGGCGUGACGGGGUGCUGCUCGUCCUGGCCUUUUCGCUGCUCACGCUCGUGCAGAGUGCGUCGGGCAGCAAGCUGUCACAGCUCGGCUGGCGCAGCGGCUACAUCUUUCAGAACGCGCUGCAGGGGGUGCUCUUUGAGAAGUGUGGGACCAUCUCACGCAAGGCGCUGUCGCACCCGGAGAUGAGCGUGGGCCGCAUUGUGAACAUGGUGAGCAACGACAUUAACAGCGCGCGGAACUUUCCAAUGAUGCUGCCCAUCCUCUUCGGUGCCCCGCUGCAGCUCAUCGUCUCCCUUGUGCUCUUGUACCGCUUCGUCGGCUGGUGCGCCUUUGCCGGCUUUGGCGUCCUCCUUCUCUUCCUGCCGCUGCAGGCGCUGCUCAUGCGCCGCUACUACGCCGUGUACGCCCGACUCUCACGGGCGACGGACGCCCGGCUGAAGGCGACGAACGAGUUUUUCUCCGGCGUGCGGGUGGCGAAGUUCAUGUCGUGGGAGCCCGCCUUCAUUCGGCGCAUCGAGGAGAAACGCAGGGCGGAGCUCGCCGCACUGCGGGCCUCGCAGCUGCUGUACGUCGCCAUCGCGUUCGUCACCAACGCGAUCCCGGCCCUCGUCGUGGCGGUGGUCUUUCUGCUCUACGGCGGGACCGGCAACGAGCUGACCCCCGCCAUCGUCUUCCCCACGCUCGCGCUGCUGGGCAUCAUGCAGACGCCGUUCGUCAUGAUUUCGUUCGCCUUCUCCAGCGUGGCCCGCUUCAGCGUCUCGAUGCGCCGCAUCACGAAGUUCAUUGAGUGCGAGGACGCCGAUGAGGGGAUGCUGGAAACGCUGCGGCAGCACGCGGCCGAGCGCCAGGCGCAGCCGCAGGAUGCAGCCGACGCACUGCUGCAGGAACCCGCGAUGGCGGCGGCCGCGGCGGAGUUCACGCACGCCACCAUCUCCACCUACGUGCCGCGUAAACUCCCGCCGAACGCGGAGGAGCUGCGCGCCGCGGCACGGAAGGGGGUGGACGCCGCGGCCGCCACGGGCUCCGUCGAGUAUCAUGAGCUGCAGGCAAAGAUCCUCCUGCACGACGUCACCCUGCGCAUUCCGAAGGGGAAACUCACAUGCGUGAUUGGCGCCACCGGCAGCGGCAAGUCGACGCUGGUUGACGCGCUGCUCGGCAGCCACGCGGUGACCGCCGGCCGUGUCCGCGCGGUGCCGAGCAUCGCCUACGUGCCGCAGCAGGCCUGGAUCAUGAACGCCACAGUAAAGGAUAACAUUCUCUUCUUUAGCGACAUGGACGAGGCCCGCUUUCGGCGGACGCUGCGCUGCACCCAGCUGGAGUCGGACCUCAGGCUUCUCGCGGACGGGGUGGAGACGGAGAUUGGCGAGAAGGGCGUCAACCUGAGCGGCGGGCAAAAGGCCCGCGUCAGCCUCGCCCGUGCGGUGUACGCCGCCGGGCGGGAGUUGUACCUCCUCGACGACCCCCUCUCCGCGCUGGACGCCCACGUUGGGGAGCGGGUGAUGCAUGAGUGCAUCCUGGGUGAGCUGCGGUCAAAGACGCGGCUGCUCGUCACCCACCAACUGCACCAGCUGCACCACGCAGACUACAUCGUUGUGAUGCAGGGGGGCGGGACCGUCGCCUUCGCGGGAUCGUACGAGGAGUACAAGCGCUUCGCUGCUGCGGCUGGUCCCGUCGCGCCGCAGGCGGCGGUUGAGGCCGGCGAGACGGUGGAAGCUUCGCAGGAACCGAAGGGCGAGACCGCGGGCACAGGCACCAACGACAGCGACAGCAACGAGACGGUUGGGGCCGGCGGCCUCCUCUUCGACGACGGUGGCGGCGACGACGAGGAGGAGGAGGAGGAGGAGGAGCAGCAGCGGAAGCAGGAGCCGGCGAAGGAGGCGAAGGGGGGCACCGGCGCCGGUGCGGGGGGGAAACUCAUGACCGACGAGGAGAAGGCGGUGGGGGCGGUGUCGUGGGCGUCGUACGUGCGCUACGCGGAGGCCUGCGGCGGGGCCACCGCCUGCAUGCUGAUCCUCCUCCUUUUCUUCCUGACGGAGUUUGUGCUUGUGUCGCCCUCGCUGUGGCUCUCGUUCUGGUCGGUGAGGCGGUUCGAGCUGGCGUCGCGGACGUACCUGCUGGUGUACGUGGGCCUCGUCGCCGCCAGCGCGUUGACUUCCCCGCUGCGCAACACCUCCGCCUACGCCGUCCUGCGCCGCGGCUCCUGGCGCCUGCACGCGCGGCUGCUGCGGUCCGUCGCGGUGGCGCCCAUGUCCUUCUUCGACACGACGCCCCUGGGCCGGGUGCUGAACCGCUUCUCGAAGGACAUGGGCAGCAUUGACUCGGACCUGCAGGGGAGCCUCAUUUUUUUCCUUCAGUGCAUCCUGUCGGUGACCUCCGCGCUCGCCGUGAUGGCGAUCUCGCAGUACUUUGUGCUCGUCGCGAUUGUCCCCUGCCUGCUGGUGUACUACAGGCUGAUGGUCUUCUACAACAGCGCCAAUCGCGAGAUGCGGCGCAUCGCCAACCGCUCCAACUCACCCGUCUUCUCCGUGCUUGGCGAGAUGCUCUCCGGCCGCUGGACCAUCGCCGCGUACGACAGAACCACCGCCUUCCUGGCGACGGCGCUGCAGCGCCUUGACACCGUCUUCGCCUGCUCCUACAUGCAGACGGUCUGCGACUGCUGGCUCGCCGUGCGCAUUGAGUUCCUCAGCAACGUUGUCUUGACGUCCGUGGCGCUGGUGGGGGUGCUGCUUGUGAUGCUGCAGUUUGGUCGCGUCGACGUCGGGCUGAUCUCGCUGAGUCUCACAAUGGCGGUGAACAUCAGCACGCAGCUGAAGUACGUGGUGAAUCAGGCGGCCUCCUUGGAGGCGGACAUGAACUGCGUCGAGCGCGUGCUGCACUACACCUCCGACAUUGAGCACGAGGACCUCCUCGAGGACAUCGAUGCGGCCAUCCUGCAGCUGGAGACGCAGGGGCGGGAAGGCGCCCCCGCGGCCCCGGCUGUGACGCCCUCCGACGACAAGGACGACGCCGCAACGGUGGCGGUGACGAUGGCGCCUGAGGACAGUGCGGAGGGUGCCGCGCCGGGGCCGCUCUACUCCCCCGCAGCGGACGGCGACGAGGAGGACGGCGACAGACGCGCGCCGGCGGGCUCCUUGGAGUUCCGUGGGGUGACGAUGCGGUACCGUGCGGGACUGCCACCGGUGCUGCGCGGCGUGAGCUUCACGAUCGCCGCCGGGCAGAAGGUCGGCGUCAUCGGCCGCACCGGCAGCGGCAAGUCCUCGCUGCUGCUCACGCUGCUCCGCAUGGUGGAGAUUGCGGGUGGGCAGAUUGUGGUCUCGGGACGCCCGAUUCGCGCCUACCGCCUGCGUGAGCUGCGGCAGCUCUUCUCGAUGAUCCCGCAGGACCCGCUCCUCUUCAACGGCAACGUGCGGGACAACCUCGACCCGCUCAACCGCUGCACCGACGCGCAGGUGCGCGAGGCCGUGCGGCUGGUCGGGAUGGAGGAGCGGCUCGCGACCGAGACGGAUCCGCUGCUGUGCCCAGUGGAGGAGGGCGGCUCAAACUUCAGCGUGGGCCAGCGGCAGCUGCUCUGCAUGGCGCGGGCGCUGCUGCGGCGCGGCUGCGCCUUCAUUCUGAUGGACGAGGCCACCGCCAACGUCGACCCCGCGCUGGACAAGCAAAUUCAGCACGCCGUCACCCACGCCUUUGCGGCGCACACCGUCAUUACAAUCGCCCACCGCCUGCACACCGUCGCCACGUACGACAUGAUUCUGCUGAUGGAGGAGGGCCGCGUGGUGGAGGCGGGGUCGCCGCACGAGCUCGUGCGCUCCGCGGGUUCGCGUUUCGCCCAGAUGGUGGGGUCGUUUGGCGAGACCGCCCUGCAGGAAUUCAUGGCAGCCACACACGCACCCACACGCUGA